AAGGCCAGCCUGGUCUACAUACCCAGGAGUUAAAAUCACUGUUUGAAAAAAAGUCCCUCAAAGAGAAGCCUGCAAGCUUGGGAAAGCAGUCUGUGCUGUCUGUACGCCUGGAGCAGUGUCCUUUGCAGCUGAACAACCCCUUUAACGAGUAUUCCAAGUUUGAUGGCAAGGGUCAUGUGGGUACCACUGCAACCAAGAAGAUCGACGUCUACCUCCCUCUGCACUCGAGCCAGGACAGACUGCUGCCAAUGACUGUGGUGACAAUGGCCAGUGCCAGGGUACAGGACCUCAUCGGGCUCAUCUGCUGGCAGUACACCAGCGAAGGACGGGAGCCAAAGCUCAAUGACAACGUCAGUGCCUACUGCCUGCAUAUUGCUGAGGAUGAUGGGGAGGUAGACACGGAUUUCCCCCCACUGGAUUCCAACGAGCCCAUUCAUAAGUUUGGCUUCAGUACUUUGGCCCUGGUUGAAAAGUAUUCAUCUCCUGGUCUGACAUCCAAAGAGUCACUGUUUGUUCGAAUAAAUGCUGCUCAUGGAUUCUCCCUUAUUCAGGUGGACAACACAAAGGUCACCAUGAAGGAGAUCUUGCUAAAGGCAGUGAAGCGAAGGAAAGGAUCCCAGAAAAUUUCAGGCCCUCAAUACCGCCUGGAGAAGCAGAGCGAGCCCAACGUCGCUGUGGACUUGGAGAGCACGCUGGAGAGCCAGAACGCGUGGGAGUUCUGCCUGGUCCGCGAGAACAGUUCAAGGGCAGAUGGAGUUUUUGAGGAGGAUUCACAAAUUGACAUAGCUACGGUACAGGAUAUGCUCAGCAGCCACCAUUACAAGUCAUUCAAAGUCAGCAUGAUCCACAGAUUGCGAUUCACCACUGACGUGCAGUUAGGUAUCUCUGGAGACAAAGUGGAGAUAGACCCUGUUACGAAUCAGAAAGCCAGCACCAAGUUUUGGAUUAAGCAGAAGCCCAUUUCAAUCGAUUCUGACCUGCUCUGUGCCUGUGACCUUGCGGAGGAAAAAAGCCCCAGUCACGCAAUAUUUAAGCUCACGUAUCUAAGCAAUCACGACUAUAAACACCUCUACUUUGAAUCUGACGCUGCUACGGUCAACGAGAUCGUGCUCAAGGUUAACUACAUCCUGGAAUCACGAGCAAGCACUGCCCGGGCUGACUACUUUGCUCAAAAACAAAGAAAACUGAACAGACGAACAAGCUUCAGCUUCCAGAAGGAGAAGAAAUCAGGGCAGCAGUGACACUGGUCUCCAAUCUGUUGUACAGCUCAGCCUGCCUGCAGGGCCAGGUGGUCUCCGAGCCCUGCAUUGCUGGAGGCAGCCUGGGCUCACAGGCAUGGGGUUGCUGGAUUCUAGGGAAGGUUUGGGGUAGGGGAUACCCUGCUCUGGUUUCCGGGGACAUUGCCGUGGAUUGAAGCCUGGCAGUGGCUUUGAGUAGCAAUGCCCAGGGAGCAGAUUGCCCCUGGAGGAGCCACAUGCUGCCCAGCCGUCUUCACUGCCUGGCUCACCACCGAGGAUGUAUAUAGCCAUGCCAGACAUCUCCUUGCAACUUGAUCAAAUUUCUUAAAGCAAACGAAGAACAAAAAUGUACAUUUCUUUUUUUUCCUUUUAAUAAACAGGUGUACUCUUUAUCAUGGUUGAUAUGAUGGAGCAUUCUUUGGGGCGGAGGAUUGAUUGAUUAUAGUAUCCUCUUAAAAUCUGUUCCCACUUUAAACAGGCAGAUUGGAAAAGCUGGGGUUCGAUUUCUCAGAGGGAGUGUUUAGGGCUUCACCUAUAAUUUUAACUGUGCCAUUUGUUUGAGUGUUUGCCUUGAGGAUAGCAACAGACUAAAGUUAGGAAUGAGCACUUAGCCUGUGUGCACGCUGCUUGCGUGCCUGUGUGUUGAAAGGCUGUCAUUUUCCCUUUCAAAAGCCGUCUCUUCUCCACAAGCCAGUGUCUCCAGGUGGGCCAAGCUCCCACGCAGGGUAGUCGGUUCCACUUCCUGAUAGCAGGUGUCUGUCUCAGCUGACACUGGACCUGUACACAGGUUUCUGGAUGAGCUUGCCUGGCUGGCUCUGCAGGGCUCUGUUCCCCUGUCCUCACAGUGCCUGCUAUGCCAGCGGGCCAGAAAGCUGUUGCUGCUGUCCACUGUUAUCGAGCAGAGGGGAGCCCUUGUCCUUACACCCUGGGCCCUGGGCAGGAAAGGCAGAGUGCCCGGCACCCUGACCACACCUCUGGCCACACCAGAUGCCUCCUCAGCCCUUGCCAGGGCCCCUCCUGUUGCAGCAUGUGCUUAUGCUGGCCAGGGCCAGGCCCAUGGGCCUGUGUUGAGAACAUUUUUUUAAAAACAUUGUGUCUGAACAGCAUCUCAGAGCCAAGUAUAUUUCUUUGCACAGAAAUUGAAUGAGUUCCUCUCUAAUUCUGAUCUGUUCAGCUAGCAGGAACACCCUUUUCUAAUGUCUUUCAUUCCCAAGCCCCCCCCCAAAAAAAUAUUCUUUGUAGCUUGCUCUCUGUAUUUGAAUUUUUAGCAAUUUUAUAUUUAGAUAUCUUUGAAAAAUGUAAAUGACUAAUUUGGUCAUUAAAUCUUGUCACAUAUUCAAUAUUAAAAUACUAAAAUAAAAGUCAUAAAUACCCUC